UUUAAAAUCUCCAUCCACCCAGACAGCGCUGCCACGAUGAGCCAAACGCGUUCGGGCGGCGGAGGCUCCAUGUCAGCCAGAGACUUUCUAUCCGCGCAGAUUGCGCUCAAGCAGAAGGAGAGAGAGGCGGAACAGCUGAGGAAGCGGUACAAGGAGCAGAAACAGUUUUUGGAUUAUUUACAUCAGCGCACGGAAGAGCUGCAAAAAAGCACAGAAGAAGCACGUGAGCAACGAUUCAAACUGGAAAUGUUUUUUAGGGAUGAAGAAACGGACGCCGACAUGGAGAUGGCUCAGAAGGAGAUGAAGGAAGCGAUGGUAAAGGAGGCGGAAAUCCAGAGGCUGAGGGAGGAGUGUGCUGAGCUGAAGAAGAGGAAGCAAGAGGCGCAGCUCCAGACCCUCAAAUAUUCACAUUACAAGGAGUUCAUGCUGCGCGUGCUCAAACUAACAAAGUUCGACAACGUGGACGCACUCACAGGUUAUUUCGAGAACCUCCUUCACAUCAGGGACCAACUGUAUCAGAGGGAGAACCAGGUGCAGGAACAAAAGGAGCAGCAGAAAAGAACCCUGCAGAGCCUGAAGGACCAGCACGACCUGCUGUGGCUGCAAAUGAACAACCAGCUGUCGCAGCGCCAGACAGAGCUGGAAAAGGCCCGCUCUGAAGCUCUGAUAUGGGAACAGGAGUGGAAUAGAAUCCAGGAAACGGCGGCGAAGAAAAUGCUGGAGCUGGGCCAGAUUAAGUUGGCGACUCUUAACCUCCACGAACUGACGAGCGGGGAGCUCGAACGGGAAGAGGUGGAUGAUAACGACACAGAGAAGCAGCUGGAGCAGAUCAAGGUCUUCAUGCUGGACCACACGGACAUCGUGAAGCAGUAUCAGACGUGCUUACAGAGAGAAGCCAAAGAGAACCAAGAGCCAACACAAAAUAUUUAGUACCAACAAUGUUUGUUCAGCAAGCUCUGUUUUGAUCUCUCAUCCCAUCUUACCCCGGUUUUAUCUGUUUCUGUUGCAAUAACACAUAAAUCCUGAUGUAAUUCCUC